GGUCCCCGGGAGGAGCGGGAGUCCGCGCAGCGGGCGAGGGACAGGAGCCCCCCCACCCCAACCUCACAGCUCCAUCCCGCGAGCGGACGGCGCUGGACCCAGGGGCGGGGCCGGGGCCCCUCAACUUUUCCUGGACCCAGGGCGUGGGCAGCGGCGGCCUGACGCCCGGGACUCGGCCAGAGUGAGGAACCCGGACCUAGAAGGGGGCUUCCAGGAGACAAAGGCUGUGACCGGGGGCCGUGGGCGUGGGCCGGCGCCUCUGGGGGCUUUGUGCGGACACGUGCAUCUCGCGUUUGUGGGUCUUUGUGAAUUUGGUCCGGGGACAUGCAUCUGCCUGUGCCUUUGAAUGUCCGUGAUUUGAGGAGGCUGUUUUGCGCCUGUGUCCACGUUUCGUGGGCCCGCGUUUGGUUGUGAGUGCUGGUGGGCGCAUCGUUGUGUCCGCGUACGUGGUCUGUGCCUGUCGACGUGUCUGGGUUGGGUGUCCGUGGAGUAUGUGCGCGCCGAGAGCCAGACACCGCCCCAACUCCUCGCUCCCCUGCUGUCCACCCGGGCCCAGACUUGGCUUCAAACUUUUCUCCGGGUUCCUCGGCAACAGCGCCCGUCCUCCUCCCCCCUGCAGUCCGGGCGGGGGGCUCUGGCAGCCCUCCCCUCAUUCACCUCCAGGGGUCCUUAGAGCCGCGAGGGGAUGGGACAGGAUUGGUGGGUGGGGCAAUCGGCAGCGCCUGAGGACUGACCCGAGCCGAGGCUGGGCAGAGCGUGCCGCACACGCCAGCCGAAACUGCUGGGAGGAGAGAGGUAAGCAGCCGGUCCUGGCCCCCGAUCGGGGGCUGAAGAGAGGAGAGGAGCGGGCAGCUGGUGUUGCCCGCCCCACGCUCCUCGGAGAGAGUGUAUGUGACCGAGAGAGAUGUGUCUGCUUGGCGGAGAGGCCAGCCACUAACCCCCGGCUCCGCUUUGAGAUCCGCUCUCCGUUUGUAUCCUGCCCCGGGUGGGGGGCGGGGGCGAGGGGUGUCGAGCCCUCCAAUCCCGUAGGUGAGAAGGCAACGACGGCUGCCCGCGGCGCCGGCUCCCGGGACCUCCAGCUGGGCUGCUGGGAGGAGGAACCUUGCACACACUAUAGUUUCGAAUGGGAUGUCCACUGGCCCACAAUAUGGCACUGGGCAAGUUGCUCAGCCUCUCUGUGCCGCAAUCACCUUGUAAUGGAAGUGGGUGAGAACUCCCUCGCGGGGCAGAGCGUGCGGUGGCGAUAACCAACGCAGGCAGAGACGGCCUGAGGUGCAGUGCCCGCCCACACUUGGCCUGGGUGAGGGGGUGACUCAGGAGCUUCUGAUCCUCCCUGCCUGCUCUACCCUUCGGAUAAGUCCAGACUUGCAGAGCUCAGGUCUGACCUGAGAAGGAGGGCUCAGGCUGCCGGGAGCCUCCUUUUGAUCCUGGGUGGCAAAGAUAACCCUUUAACACCUUCCCUCCCCUGCCCCUACCCCCACCCACCCCAGUCUUUAACCUAGAAUUUUGCUUGAUGCUGCAGACGUGAAGGAUGGGCACAAGCCACUCGCCUCACCGUGGGCACUUUCCUUUCCCUCUUUGGGCCUCAGUUUCCCUUCUAGAAAGGCUGGUGCUGACAGCCUCUCUCCUCCCUUCCUGUUCCGGCUGACUGGUUGAGAUCCUAGAACCUGGAAACACUUUGAUAUUUAACACCUCCAUUCUGACUUGACCAAUUCCCAGGCACUAAUUUUCUCUUUUGAAGAGGGAGAGGGGAGGUGGCUUUGAAGUUAGGUAGGGAUGAAGUAAGGUGGGCUGGAGCCCCUGCAGCCCAGGAAGGGAAGGCUGGAAAGCAGCAGGCUGGGGAAGCCAGGUGAAUACACCUGGGAGGGAGGCAGGAGGUAUCUCCCACAGAGGGAACUGCCCUGCCCAGCUCUGUGUGUUCUGAAACAGCGCAGGGGUGUUCAGCAUUGUGGACUGUCAGAUGCAAGGUUGGAGAGGGAGGGUUGGAAUUCAAUUUGAGGCUGGGAAGGAAGGCAGGGGCCAAAUAUGAGGGCCUUGAAUGCCAGACCUAGGAGCUGGGAUUUAGGCAGUGGAGAGCUGCUAGAGGGUUUUUUAAGCUGGCAUGACAGGGUGGGGUUGGUAAUUCUAGGAAACCUUCCUCUGGCUUGUGGGUGGUGCUGGAGCCUGGGAGACCAAUCUGGAGGCUAAGUGCUCCAGCCUCUUAGAGUCGGAAGGAGAUUUUCACUUAUUUUCACUUACUUCAUUGCUUCCUAGCUCUGUGGCCUUAGGCAAGUAACUCUACCUCUCUGAUUCUCAGUCUCCUCAUCCUUCAAAAGAGUACCUGCUCUGUGCCAGACCCGGCACCCAAGCUCAAGGACAUAAAAGUGAACCUAACCCCAUUCCUGCCCACAGGAGUACAGACAGAACUGACUAAGCCACUGGGGGCCAGGACGUUAAUGGAAUUUCCACCUGGGGAUUUCGUUGGCGUCAGCUUGAGGGAGCUCACGAUGAACAUAAGUAGGGUUGGAGGCAUCUCAGCAUGGAGCAGCCGGUGGAGACAGAGCCCAUCUCAGCCCACACCAUGCUGUGGCCCCUGCUGCUGUUGCUGGCCGCCGGUGAGGCCCAGACCACCCGGCCCUGCUUCCCUGGGUGCCAGUGUGAGGUGGAGACCUUUGGCCUCUUCGACAGCUUCAGCCUGACACGAGUGGAUUGCAGCGGCCUGGGCCCUCACAUCGUGCCCGUGCCCAUCCCCCUGGACACAGCCCACCUGGACCUGUCCUCCAACCGGCUGGAGACGGUGAACGAGUCCGUGCUGGCAGGCCCGGGCUACACCACGCUGGCCGGCCUGGAUCUCAGCCACAACCUGCUCACCAGGUUCUCGCCCACGGCCUUCUCCCGCCUUCGCUACUUGGAGUCUCUUGACCUCAGCCACAAUGGCCUGGCCGCCCUGCCCGCCGAGAGCUUCACCAGCUCGCCCCUGAGCGACGUGAACCUGAGCCACAACCGGCUCCGCGAGGUCUCUGUGUCCGCCUUCGCCACCCACAGCCAGGGCAGGGCGCUGCACGUGGACCUCUCGCACAACCUCCUCCACAGCCUCGUGCCCCACCCCGCGCGGGCCAGCCUGCCGGCGCCCACCAUUCAGAGCCUGAACCUGGCCUGGAACCGGCUCCACACCGUGCCCGACCUCCGGGACUUGCCCCUGCGCUACCUGAGCUUGGACGGGAACCCACUGGCGGCCAUUGGCCCAGGGGCCUUCGAGGGGCUGGCAGGCCUUACACACCUGUCGCUGGGCAGCCUGCAGCGUCUCCCCCAGCUGGUGCCCUAUGGCUUCCGUGAGCUGCAGGGCCUGCAGGUCCUGGAUUUGUCAAGCAACCCCAAGCUCAAGUGGGCAGGACCCGAGGUGUUCUCAGGCCUGGGCUCCCUGCAGGAGCUGGACCUGUCAGGCACGGGCCUGGUGCCCCUGCCCGAGAAGCUGCUUCUCCACCUCCCGGCGCUGCAGAGCAUCAGCGUGGGCCAGGGCGUGCAGUGCCGGCGCCUGGUGUGGGAGGGCACCUACCCGAGGCAGCCUGGCUCCACCCCCAAGGUGGCCCUGCACUGCAUAGACACCCAGGAAUUAGCUGCUGGGGGCUCUGAUACCUUGUGACGAAUGGUGUGGCCUGGGGCCAUGUAACAGACUUUGCCCUGGGCUCCCUCGGGUCCUGGGUAAUUUAUAUUUUAACGUGCCAAUGCCAGCAGGGACUCUGUAGGCCUGUGUGGCAGCAUCAUUGAAAGAGAGGCUUUGGACCUGGGACCCACACCCAGGAGCAAGAUUUUGCCCGUUUGUCUAUGUUGCUCUCCAGACCAUAAGCUGAGGGUCUUCGAUGCCAAACCAGACAGCAGUCCUCUGCUGUCCUUCCCUACUUGUCCCCAAAGUGCCUUCCCUGAGGCCUGGACCAACCUGACCCAUGACAGGAGGGCGGGCGGGAGGUAGUGCUGCGGGGCAGAGGUCCAGACACUCAGGCAUGGGUUUCUUUUACGACACAGCCCUCUCUUUGCUCUGGGCAUGUGAGGGCUACUUCAUCCUUUUUUCUUCCCCUAGAACUCUGGAUAGAACUUUAUAGAAAGGACUGGAGAAAAAACUCUAGUCCACCUCCUCAUGUGCCAGAUGGGGAAACUCAGGCCGAGGGAAGGAAAAAUGCUAUUCUGAGGUCCUACAGUGGCAGAAGCGUGAAUGGACCCAAUGUCCAGCCUCCCAGCAGGGCCCCUUUGCACUUUUCUCCCCUCUCCCCUUUCUGGGCUCCCCCUUGCUUCCAAGACUCACAUCCUGCCAUUUGUGCCCUUUCCCUGUCGUCCCCAGGAGGAGAGACCAGGGCCUAGGGGGUGGCACUCUGGGCCCAGUAACCGGCUGUGGCACAGGCUAAGUCAGUUCACCUCGGAGCCUCUAGAAGCCUCAGGGAUACCAGUCCCAGCCCUGCCAGUUUCCCACUCUGGGGGGGGGGGCGUCCCCCAGCAUCAAGAAUGGAAAUGCGCCCAUUGACCCCUAAGGUACUGCCUCUAGAUGCAGUCCUGGAGCCCCUCCAGGCCCUGAGCUCCUGAGCUCCCUCAGACCCGACUGGCCCUAUGCCCGACAGCCCAGCUCAUCCUACUGAGAAUGCAGUGAAGGAGGUAGGGGAGAUCCCACCCAUGUUUAUGCUCCGCCACCAGGGUGGCAUCUCAGCUUCCCAGCCCUGGGCUCUCUCCUUAGCAUGGGGUUAAUAAAAGUUGUUGCCUUUUUAA